AUGAAACUUUUAGCAUUUAAAAAACAUAAAACCUUGGAUUCAGCACCAACAGUUAUUAAAGUUGAAGUUGUAGAUAGUGAUGAAGGAGAAAUUCUAAUUCUAAAUCCAAUGGGUGGUUUACCAGAAAAACAUAAGAUUAAAAAAAGUGGAGAAUUCUCUGAUAGUUAUUUUGGUAUGAGAGCCGUUAUCACCAAUUAUGGAGAUUCAAUCUUAAAAGUUAGUACCAACUAUCAGGAUUAA